AGCAGACACUUGUCCUGUCGUUUUACAGGUAGCUCAGCGACAGCGGAAAAGGCUUCGAUACCUCCGCCUCCCUCUCUUCAUACUUCCCCUCUUUCCUAAAUUACACACAUUUGUUUCUAAAGUUCUUUUUCUCUAUCCUCCCGAUCUCUACAUUUUCCGGCCCCUGGAAGUUCCGGCGAUUUGUCUCCGCUGUGGACUUCGUUCGGCUGGCAACACCGGAAAAAGGUUCGACGUGAUCGGUUGAAAUGUUGAGCUUUACGCCGACCUGUCGCGGUGGAAACGGGAUCAAUUUUGCAGAUGCAAAAUUGAGUUCUCGUUCGCUAGCCUGGACCAAUUCUAGGGCUGGAAUUAGGCUUACCAAACCGUUUGAGCAUGAUUCAUUUCGCAUUUCACGGAUUUCUCUUCGAAGCUGCCGCAGAGUAGGCAGACAUGGAGGCGUGCGUAUGGCAAUGGUGGAUGAAAGGCUUGCGCGUGGCAGAAAUGUGGCUGACCCUCCUCGGACAUUGGCUUACGAACUUGUUCAAGGGGCACUGGUGAAUUGGCGUUUGAUGAGUGGCAAGUCAGCACCAGAUACACCAACAGCUAUCCUUCUGCAUGGCAUUCUGGGUAGCAGAAAGAACUGGGGAACUUUUGCCCGGAGACUGGCAAGAGAAUUUCCAACAUGGCAGUUUCUUUUAGUAGAUUUGCGAUGCCAUGGCGAUUCAGCAUCAAUCAACAAGAGGGGUCCACACACUGUUGCCUCAACUGCUUUGGAUGUGCUAAAGCUAAUUGGACAACUAAGAUUAACACCACGAGUUCUAGUGGGUCACAGCUUUGGAGGAAAAGUUGUCUUGAGUAUGGUGGAUCAAGCUGCAAAGCCACUUGCACGACCUGUUAGAGUGAGUUUUCUGGCUCUUAGAUGUUUUAAAAGUUGGUACUGUAUUCCUCUUGUCACACACUCACAUGUCAGUACUAUCUUAGGCAGAUAUCAAGUAAAGUCUAAGGAAUUCAAGUAUAGAACAGAUGUCUCUACUUCUCUAGGGCUUUGCAAAGUUUCAUAAUUUGACGUGUAGCUAACCUCAUUUUAUAUAAUAAAAUUUUCUUGGACAAACCAAUGUGGCUAUAAGAUCAAAGCAAAUGUACAUUUUUCUUUUGCUAGUCCCCUUCCCUGAACCCAUCCUUUCUGUCUUGCUUUAUCUUUUGUUUUGGUUUGUUUCAUAAAUUUCUAUAGGUUUGUGUUCUAGAUGUCAGUACUGUCUUAGGCAGAUAUUAAGCAAAGUCUAGGGAAUUAAAGUAUAGAACUGAUGUCUUGACUUCUCUAGGGCUUUGCAAAGUUUCUUAGUUUGACGUCUAGCUAAUCUCAGGUUAUAUAAUAAAAUUUUCUUGGACAAACCAACGUGGCUAUAAGAUCAAAGCAAAUGUACAUUUUUCUUUUGCUAGUCCCCUUAACUGCACCCAUAAUUUCUGUUCUGCUUUAUCUUUUGUUUUGGUUUGUUUCAUAAAUUUCUAUAGGUUUGGGUUCUAGAUGCUACUCCUGGAAAAGUGCGAUCUGGUGGAGAUGGUGAGGACCAUCCAGCAGAACUAAUAUGUUUCUUAAGUAAAUUGCCUAAGGAGGUAAGGAGUUAUUAGUUGCCAUGUCAGUAUGUCACUUUCUUGGCUAUUUUCUAUUGUUUCAGAUAUGUACAUAUGCCAAUGAUAUGCCAAAAAAUUAGUCCAACAAGGCAACCACAGAUAGGAUCACAGAUGGGUGGUAACUUGGGUCCAAUAAUCAGUUUAGAACAACGAUAAAAAAAAGAUUGCUAGCAGAACAGUUAAUAAAACACAGAAUGAAAAAAAGUAAACAAGUGAGAUAAGGAAGAUAGAAUGUAAUAAAGGUUCAACAUUUGC